GGGCCGUCUCCGCUGACGUCCGCCUGCGUGGAGAGCGAGGGUGCAUGCUCCCCAAGCUUCCAACCUCUACCUCUCAAGCCAUUCUAUCAACCUCGACGACUAUAAAUCUUAACAGAGGUAGCGUCUCGCGAUCGCAUUAUUUAGAAAUGGACGUCGAAGAAUCGCCUUGGGCCGACUCGUCACAGGCCGCAUCGCAACAGGCAUCGCAGCCUGAAGCCGCGGCCUCGCAAUCGUCCAACCCAGCUCCCUCCGCUUCCUCAUCGGCCCCUCGUCCAUCAAGAGGACCUCGUCGCCUGGUCGCUCAACCCACACGUCUCGAAGCUGUCGAUGAUCCUCUUGGUCCUCUCGGCGCCGCCACCGAAGACAAUGGCCCUGCUCAGGAUGCCCCUCCGGUGCCUCCGCAAAAGGAGCAGAUGGUGAUUCGUACCACCAUGCCUCAAACCCAGCAGCAACGACGACCUGCGGAUCCUCACCAUAUCGACGAUGAUGAGAACGAUGGGCCAAAAGCUCCUCGCGCACCUCCUCCCGUUGAGGCUGCCCAGCCCAGUGCAGUUAGGAGCAGCAAUCAGCCGAGCGUUAGUGUUGAGCAGGCUGCCAAGCCCACGUUCCAGAUUACGGUUGGAGAUCCUCACAAAGUUGGUGAUCUGACAAGUUCCCACAUUGUCUAUUCCGUUCGAACCAAGACGACUUCCAAGGGAUAUAAACAGCCCGAGUUCGAAGUCAAGCGCCGAUAUCGCGAUUUCCUUUGGCUUUACACUACUCUUCACGGCAACAACCCUGGAAUUGUGGUUCCACCUCCUCCUGAGAAGCAGGCUGUCGGUCGUUUCGACAGCAACUUUGUUGAGAGCCGACGAGCUGCUUUGGAGAAGAUGCUCAACAAGACCGCGAUACACCCCACGCUCCAGCACGAUCCCGAUCUGAAGCUUUUCUUGGAAAGCGAAACUUUCAAUGUGGACGUCAAGCACAAGGAGAGACGGGAACCCAUUCCUACCGAAAGCAAGGGUGUGCUUGGGUCUCUAGGUAUCAAUGUUGGAGGUGGUAACAAGUUUGUGGAACAAGACGAUUGGUUCCAUGAUCGCAAGGUCUAUCUUGAUGCUCUCGAGAAUCAGCUCAAGGGGCUUCUUAAGGCUAUGGAGACCAUGGUCGGCCAACGUAAGAUGAUGGCCGAGGCAGCUGGCGACUUUUCGGCUUCCCUUCACGCGCUCUCCACUGUCGAACUGUCUCCCUCGCUAUCAGGCCCUCUCGAUGCUCUUUCCGAGCUCCAGCUUACUAUCCGAGAUGUGUACGACCGCCAGGCACAACAAGAUGUUCUGACAUUCGGCAUUAUCCUUGAGGAGUACAUUCGCCUUAUCGGUUCAGUUAAGCAGGCGUUUGGCCAGCGACAAAAGGCGUUCUAUUCAUGGCAUGCUGCGGAAUCGGAACUACAGAAGAAGAAGGCUACACAGGACAAGCUCUUGAGACAAGGUAAGAGUCAGCAAGACCGACUCAACCAAAUGAGCGCCGAAGUUGGCGAGUCAGAGCGCAAGGUGCACCAGGCCAGACUUCUAUUCGAAGAUAUGGGUCGGUUGAUGAGAAGCGAGCUUGAUCGAUUCGAGAAGGAGAAAGUGGAAGAUUUCAAGAGUGGUGUCGAGACAUUCCUUGAAAGCGCAGUUGAGGCGCAAAAGGAGCUUAUUGAGAAGUGGGAGACAUUCUUGAUGCAGCUUGACGCUGAAGACGACGAGUCAGUAUUUUAUAGGCCACCAGUAUACCAGCAGCAACAGCAGCAAAAGGGGGGCGAUACUGCUGUUGACCGUGCUCGAGCGAGGAUAGACGAAGACUCGGACUAGAUGGACCGGGCGCCGGUUUCCCCAACGCAUCUUGACGGUUCUAUCUGGUAGCGAUGAGGUUGAGCUCUUGAUGGGAGGAAGAAUUAUAUUCACGUCCACAGAGAUGUUUGACUAUUGAUCAGUUCCGAGAAUCGGAGACACGUGUUUUUUAUAUCUUACAAGCCUCGGGGGCUUUAUAGCUGUUGUACAUAUCGAACCACCCCCCAUCCACCUCAUGCUUCCAAUUCUCGGAUGUCCUCAAUAGUAAUUUAUACAAGACUCAUUUCCAUCCCAAGUUGGUAUUGGGUCGUUACGGUUUUUGUGAUAGCGGUUCCUCCUCUAUUAACAACAACAUUGUAUCAUUGUUUACUUUCUCUUCUUAGCCUGCUUCUUAGGUCCUGAAUCCCUCAUAGCGUUCGCAUCUUGUGAUGGCGCAUAUCCAGUGAUAAGAUCCGCAUAACCUUCAUCAGCAGCCUCAGCAUCACCUUCACCCUCCUCAGCGUGAGAAGCAUCAUAGGCACGGCCGUAACGUUCUCGGAAAGCAGCCAAUUUACCGGCCUCAUCAAGCUCGACGUUCUUGAGUGACUUCUCAGAUGGCUGCCACAGCAAUGUGUUGCGUGUGUCCUUUGUAGCGCGGUAAAUGGGCAGUGGUGAAGUCGUUCGCAUGGUGUAUGAGGAGCCGUCGGAUAGAGUGACGAGCUGAGUGAAUGUGUAUGGUCGGCGUGGUCGAGGAAUGAAUGUGGCAUGACGGACUUGGCCGAGGGAGUGGCGGGUUGGUGAGCAUGGUGUUGAGAGUGUUGUUCGUAGAGGCGAGAGAGUCGCCGGUGACACUGAGAAUUUGGCCAUUGUGAAUUAGAAGCGCUACUAUGAGCGAGGCCGUAAAAAGACGAAUUGACGGCCCUGACAGCGAUGAAGACCGUAGAUUGGUGGUGAAGCUUCAGAUAGGUAGGCUUGAAGUCGAUCGGUAAAAUUUAGGAUGCGAGGUCCGAAUGCGGGUACACCAAGCAGGGGUUCUGGAU